AUGCCCUUCUGGCCCUGUCAUCCAACAAAAUGUAUACGUGCUUUAAUGAAAGAAAAAUUGCGUAUUUCUAAAAACAUAAAAUAUUUGAUGCAAAGUGAUCACGAAAAACGCAAGCAAAUUUCAGUUCAUGGAAUAGCACAAGUAGAAAAUGUUUCAAAUAUUAAAAAUUCUUUUAAUAGACAUUUACAUUUUUCAGCAAUUAAAGAUCGAAAUGUAGCAACUCCUCGUGAUUAUUUUAAUGCAUUAGCUCUUACCGUUCGUGAUCACCUUGUCUCUAGAUGGAUCAGAACACAACAAUAUUAUUAUGAAAAAGAUCCAAAACGUAUUUAUUAUCUAUCAUUGGAAUUUUAUAUGGGAAGAACAUUAUCAAAUACAAUGAUUAAUUUAGGAAUGCAGGCAGCAUGUGAUGAGGCUCUUUAUCAAUUAGGUUUAGAUAUUGAAGAUUUACAAGAAAUUGAAGAAGAUGCUGGUUUAGGUAAUGGUGGUUUAGGUAGAUUAGCUGCCUGUUUCCUUGAUUCUAUGGCAACACUUGGAAUACCAGCUUAUGGUUAUGGUCUUAGAUAUGAAUAUGGUAUUUUUAAACAAACUAUUGUUGAUGGAUGGCAAUCUGAGGAACCAGAUAAUUGGCUUAGAUAUGAUAAUCCAUGGGAAAAAUCUAGACCAGAAUAUAUGAUUCCAGUUAAUUUCUAUGGUAGAGUUGAAAAAGAUCAAAAAGGUAGAGCUAAUUGGGUUGAUACUCAAAUAGUUUUUGCUAUGCCAUAUGAUACUCCAAUUCCUGGUUAUCAUAAUAAUGUUGUAAACACCUUACGUUUAUGGUCCGCUAAAGCUGAAAAUCAUUUUCAUUUAAAAUUCUUCAAUGAUGGAGAUUAUCUUCAAGCAGUUUUAGACAGAAAUAUUUCAGAAAAUAUCACUCGUGUUUUAUAUCCAAAUGACAACAUGUUUUCUGGAAAAGAACUUCGUCUUAAACAACAAUAUUUUUUGGUUGCAGCUACUCUCCAAGACAUCAUUCGUAGAUUUAAAAAUUCAAAAUAUGGUUGUCGUGAUAUUGUUCGUGUAAACUUUAACACUUUCCCUGACAAGAUUGCUAUUCAAUUAAAUGAUACACAUCCAUCAAUAGGAAUUCCAGAAUUUAUAAGACUUCUCGUUGAUGUUGAAGGUCUUCCAAUGGAACAAGCAUGGGAAAUUUGUGUAAAAACAUUUGCAUAUACAAAUCAUACACUUCUUCCAGAAGCACUUGAAAGAUGGCCAGUUCAUUUAAUGCAAAAUCUUCUUCCAAGACAUUUAGAAAUAAUAUAUGAAAUUAAUCAGAAAUUUAUGGAUGAAGUUGCUAAAAGAUAUCCUGGAGAUUUUGAUCGUAUGAGAAGAAUGUCAAUUAUUGAAGAAGCUGAUUCAAUGGGAGAGAAAAGAGUUAACAUGGCACAUCUUUGUAUUGUUGCAUCACAUGCAGUAAAUGGUGUUGCUGCAUUACAUUCUGAUUUAUUAAAAAGUCAAACAUUUAAAGAUUUUCAUGAAUUUUAUCCAGGUAAAUUCCAAAAUAAAACAAAUGGAAUAACACCAAGAAGAUGGCUUCUUAUGUCUAAUCCAUCUCUUUCUGAGGUAAUUACAGAAAAAAUUGGAGAAGAUUGGAUAACAAAUCUUGAUGAACUUCAAAAAUUAAAAGAAUAUGCAAAUAAUCCUGCAUUUUUAGAUGAUAUUAUGAGAGUAAAACAAGAAAAUAAACUUAAAGUUGCUGAAUGGUUAAAAUCAGAAUAUGGUGUUCAAGUUUCAACUGACUCUCUUUUUGAUAUUCAUGUUAAAAGAAUUCAUGAAUAUAAACGUCAACUUUUAAAUGUUCUUCAUGUAAUUACACUUUACAAUAGAAUUAAAGCCAAUCCAAAUGGUAAGUAUGUUCCAAGAACAGUAAUGUAUGGAGGAAAAGCUGCUCCUGGUUAUCAUAUGGCAAAACAAAUUAUAAAACUUAUUAAUUCUGUUGCUGGAAUUGUCAAUAAUGAUCCAAUAAUAGGAGAUAAAUUAAAAGUUGUAUUCCUUGAAAAUUAUCGUGUAUCAAUGGCUGAAAAAAUUAUUCCUGCUGCUGAUUUAUCUGAACAAAUCUCUACAGCAGGUACAGAAGCAUCCGGUACUGGAAAUAUGAAAUUUAUGGUUAAUGGUGCAUUGACAAUUGGAACAUUAGAUGGUGCAAAUGUUGAGAUGGCAGAAGAAAUGGGAAAAGAAAAUAUUUUCAUUUUUGGAAUGACUGUUGAAGAGGUUGAAGAUCUUCAAAGAAGAGGAUAUAACUCUAUGGAUUUCAUAAAUAAAAAUAGUGAAUUAAAACAAAUUGUAGAUCAAAUUGAUGGUGGAUUCUUUACACCUGAUGAACCAAAACUUCUUCAAGAUCUUGCUAAUAGUCUUAAAUAUCAUGAUAGAUUUCUUGUAUGUGCAGAUUAUGAAAGUUACAUUGAAUGCCAAGAAAAGGUAAAUGAAACAUACAAAGAUAGAGAAAAAUGGGCUCAGAUGACUCUUUAUAAUAUUGCAUCAUCAGGAAAAUUUUCAACUGACAGAACAAUUUCUGAAUAUGCUAGAGAAAUUUGGGGUAUUACACCAGGUGAAAUUGAACUUCCCGCACCAUAUGAACCAAAAGCAUAA